AGAUAUCUAUAAUAUGAUGGCAAGGGUUCUGGGUGGUGAUUUUAGGGUUUUGGGUAAGGAAGUGCAGGAUGAGAAUAUGGAAGAGAUCGAGGAGUAUGGGAGACCGCCCGGAGAUCCACCGGAUGCUCCAGACUCUUGGGUGAAGAAGGUAUUAGGGUGAAAUAAAGGAGAGAUGCAUGUACCGGAGGAGAUUGUGGACGAGUCUUUUGUGGAAUCAAAUCUGAAACUAGAGUUCCCGAAUGGUGAGGAUGGAGAACCGGUGAUAACGAUUGGAGAGGAGGUUUUGAUUGCUAUGAAUGGUUUAUGGAAGAGAUGUAUGAUUGUUAAGGUCUUGGGGAGGAGUAUCCCAUUAUUGAGCUUAACGAGAAGGCUGAAGGAGCUAUGGAAACCUGUGGGAUCAAUGUUUGUGAUGGAUCUCCCGAAGAAUUUUUUCAUGGUUCGUUUUGGAGUAGAGGAGGAGUAUAUGAAUGCGCUAUCAGGUGGCCCAUGGAGGGCUUUUGGGAGUUACCUUAUGGUGCAAGCAUGGACGCCUGAGUUUGAUCCGCUGAGGGAUGAGAUAGUUACGACACCGGUUUGGGUUUGUUUAGCACAUAUCGCAGUUAAUUUUUAUCAUAAAACGAUACUGAUGGAGAUUGCCAAGGGGUUAGGAAAACCGAUUAAGGUUGACUGCACCACGCUAAAAGUCGAAAGAGCUAGAUUUGCGAGAAUUUGUGUGGAGAUUAACCUUAAUAAGCCAUUGAAAGGGACAAUGAUGAUUAAUGGUGAGAGGUAUUGCGUAUCAUAUGAAGUAAUCUCGACGAUCUGCUCGUCAUGUGGUAUGUAUGGACAUCUAGCAUAUUCAUGCCCACGUAAGGUACUGGAGGAAACUCCUAUAAAUGUGGUUGUUCCAGUGGACAUGACACAAAAGAAUACAGAGGUUGCAGGUAUGGAUACAGAUUUUAUCCCAGUGAGACAGACGAGGAAAGGGCUAACUCAGAAUGGGCAGAGAGGAGUUACACUGCGGAGUAAUGAAAGUAGGGAGAUGGUAGGAAAUAAGACGUUGAUCGGUAGUAAAAGUCGGGGGGGGGGGGGCUCGUCAAGAGAGUAUGUCGGAGGAGAUAAGGGUGAGAGUGGGAAUAGAGAAGAGAAUAAAGAAAAUGAGAAUACUACUAAUAUGUUUCUGGAGGAGCGAGCAAAGAGACUAGGAAGGAAUUCUCGUUUGGAAAGAAUGAGAACAGAAAGAACCUACAACCAGCUCGAUUGGGUCCAAAAGAUAAGAAGAUUAGCAACAUGAGACAAAUCCUCCUAAGACCAAACUGAGAAAUCUUGGGCCUAUGCGGGGUUUGGUGUUUGGCCCAAUAAGUGGGGAGAGUGGCCUGUCGGCGAGAGGGAAGAGACUACGAGUAGAGAAGGAAAAUGUCGGCCGACCAGGUGGUGUUUUCGCAGGAGAUGGGGAGCUAGACAUAAAUGAGAAGAAUUCUGGGCAUGUGUACGAUAAAAGCAACGCUCAGGAGCAACUUGCAGAGAUGGAGAAUCUGGAGUUGGAUGAGGCAGAAGCUAGUGCGAGCCAAGGACGAGAAGUCCUGGAGAGUGUGGUGGCAUAACAUUUUGCCCCGGUGAUUCUAUCUAUUGAUUAUAAAGAUCUGAUGAAGUGCAUUCUGUGGAAUUGCCGGGGGGCAAAUAAACCCCAAUUUCGAAGAUCGAUUAGAUAUUUGGUGAAGAAGUUCAAGACAAAUAUCCUUGUUGUUUUUGAAACUCAUGCUGGUGGAGAAGCGGCAUGCCGGAUUUGUCGUGGUCUAGGGUUUGAGAACUCGUUUCGGGUAGAUGCAUGUGGCCAGAGUGGAGGUUUAUGGCUGUUAUGGAGGGAGGAGAUUGGAGAGCUUGAGGUGGUCAAGUCGUCGGAUCAGUUUAUACAUGCUCGAAUCGGGGAUGGAGCAGAGGUGAUUAAUCUGAUUGUUGUGUAUGCGGCUCCUUCACCAAGCCGUAAAAGUGGCUUAUGGGCUGCUUUAGAAGAAGUUUUGCGUAAUGCGGAGGGUCCGGUGUUCGUUGGGGGAGACUUUAAUACAAUAGUGAGGAUAGAUGAAAGGAGUGGUGGGAAUGGGAGAUUGUCUGAGGAUUUUCUAAAGUUUGGUGAUUGGAUAAAUGAUAUGUCACUGAUUGAUAUGAGAUUUCAUGGCAAUCAAUUCACAUGGAAAAGAGGGAAAACUGAAAGCACAUUUGUAGCGAAGAGGCUGGAUAGAAUAUUAUGAUGUGCCCAGUCUAGACUCAGGUGGCAGGAGGCAAGUGUGAGGCAUUUACCUUUCUUAGCAUCAGACCACGCUCCUUUGUAUCUACAGCUCACACCGGAGGUUAAGGGUGAUGCACGUCGACGUCCAUUUCGUUUUGAGGCGGCAUGGCUACAACACAAUGAGUUUCAAAACUUGCUAACAGCUUCAUGGGAUCGUGAUAUUGAUACAAGAGAGGCUUUGCGGAGGUUGGAAGUGACACUCCGAAAGUGGAACAGAGAAGUUUUCAGAAAUGUCCAAAGAAGGAAAGAGAACUUGUUGAUGGAGAUUACAGAAAUACAGGACAAAAUUGAGCAAGACCUCUCUGAUGAGAUCUUGGUAAAGGAGGGAGAUCUAUUAAAAGAACUUGAGAUCAUCCUCGAGCAAGAAGAAGUGCUCUGGCUCCAAAAGUUGCGGGAGAAGUGGUGUGUGCAUGGAGAUAGAAAUACCAAGUUCUUUCAUAUGUCGACAAUCAUUAGGAGAAAGCGAAAUCGAGUGGAGAAGCUAAAGAAAGAUGAAACUCAGUGGGUAUCAGAUGCAAAAGAACUUGAGAAGCUAGCGGUGGAUUAUUUCAGAAAACUAUAUUCUCUGGAAAACAUGGAUACAGACAUAUAAAUACUAAUAGAGAGGAGAUUUGUGGGGCUUACAAGACAAGAGAAAAUGGAUCUUGACAAAACGUUUUCUGCGGAGGAAGUAGAGAAAGCGGUGAGAGCUAUGGGCAGCUUCAAGGCACCAGGUCCGGAUGGGUUUCAACCAGUUUUCUAUCAGAGGUGCUGGGAGACAGUUGGUGCUUCUGUGAUCAGGUUUGUCCUUCUUUUCUUUGAGACGGGGAUGUUGCCGGAGAAUACUAAUGAUGCACUCGUGGUGCUAAUUCCGAAAGUGACGAAACCUGAGUAUAUUACUCAGUUUUGACCGAUAAGUCUCUGCAACGUGUUGUUUAAAACUAUCACGAAGGCCAUGGUAGGGAGACUGAAGAGUAUUAUGCCUAAACUGAUUGGUCCUGCUCAGUCUAGUUUCAUCCCGGGUAGAUUGAGUGCGAAUAACAUUGUUGUGGUUCAGGAAGCUGUUCAUUCGAUGAAAAAGAAGCAAGGCCGCAAGGGUUGGAUGCUGCUGAAACUAGAUUUGGAGAAAGCAUAUGAUAGGCUGCGUUGGGAUUUUCUAGAAGAUACACUAAGGACUGCUGGUUUGUCUGAGAAUUUGGUUAAGAGGAUUAUGGAAUGUGUGUCUAGUCCAUCAAUGUGUAUUUUGUGGAAUGGGGAAAAAUCUGAACCGUUUAAGCCAUCAAGAGGACUGCGACAAGGUGAUCCACUCUCCCCGUACCUGUUUGUCUUAUGCAUGGAGAGAUUAUGUCAACUGAUUGAGAAAGCAGUGUAGGAUAAAAGAUGGAAACCGAUAAGAUUGUCGAGAGGUGGUCCACAGCUAUCUCACAUUUGCUUCGCAGAUGAUCUAAUCCUAUUUGCAGAGGCAUCGGUGACGCAUAUUCGAGUGAUCAGGAAAUUGUUGGAGAAGUUUUGUAAAGCCUCUGGUCAGAAAUCAGAGAUUUUCUUUUCUAAUAAUGUCUCUAGAGGAAGAGAAGAGAGAAUAAACAGAGAAAGCAGUAUUGCAUCAACAAAGGAGCUGGAAAAAUACUUGGGGAUGCCGAUACUACAGAAAAGAAUUAAUAAAGAUACUUUUGGGGAGGUACUGGAGAAAGUAGCUUCACGGCUAGCAGGAUGGAAGAAACAAACAUUAAGCCUUGCAUGAAGGGUAACAUUGACAAAGUCGGUUCUGUCAUCAAUCCCAGUCAAUACGAUGAGUACGAUUAGCAUGCCAGUGGGUAUACUGGAGAAGCUUGAUAGCCUAGCGAGGAGCUUUGUGUGGGGAAGUGGACAACACUUAGUCUCUUGGGAUAAAAUAUGCAAACCGAAGGCGGCCGGAGGUUUGGGGAUCAGGGUGUCGAGAGAUAUGAACAAAGCCUUGUUAGCUAAAGUGGGAUGGCGUCUGUUACACGAUACUGAGAGCUUAUGGGCCAAAGUUUUACGAAGUAAGUAUGGUGUGGGGGACAUACAUGACACAGAUUGGAUGGUAGGGAGUAGCUCUAGCUCGUCAACAUGGAAAAGUGUGGUAAUGGAGAUAAGAGAAGUUGUUCUUGUGGGCCAUAGCUGGGUCACUGGUAAUGGGAGAAAUAUCAGGUUCUGGACGGAUAGUUGGAUAGCAGGCCAACCAGAAGGAUAUGAAGAUAUAACAGUUAGAGAU